CGGCAUCGAGCCACGCCCACCCUCCGGCUCCAGCACGCUUGCGCCGCUGACUCUGGCGGCUGGAGCGGUCGACUCAUUCAUCCCGUUCCGCACGCUCGAGAAGGAAGUCGGCCAUCUAGCUCUCGGUCUCCAGGCCCGCGACCGUCCGCCAGCCGUCCCGAGGCCACUCCCCACCUCUGCCAUGAGUGUGGACAUGCAGUGCGUGGACAUCCAGUGCGAGGAGCUGAGCGACGCUCGGUGGGCCGAGCUGCUCCCCCUGCUGCAGCGGUGCCAGGCGGUCAGGCUGGACGACUGUGGCCUCACAGAGGCCCAGUGCAAGGACGUCAGCUCUGCCCUCCAGGCCAACCCUGCGCUCACGGAGCUCAACUUGCGCAACAACGAGCUGGGCGAUGCCGGCGUGCACCGCGUGCUCCAGGCCCUGCAGAGCUCCUCCUGCAAGAUCCAGAAGCUGAGCUUCCAGAGCUGCUACCUGACGGUGGCCGGCUGCGGAGUCCUGUCUGGCACACUGCGUUCCCUGCCCACGCUGCAAGAGCUGCACCUCAGCGACAACCCCAUGGGAGAUGCGGGCCUGCAGCUGCUCUGUGAGGGACUCCUGGACCCCCAGUGCCGCCUGGAAAAGCUGCAGCUGGAAUACUGCAGUCUCUCCUCUGCCGGCUGCGAGCACCUGGCCUCGGUGCUCAGGGCCAAGCCAGACUUCAAGGAGCUCACGGUCAGCAACAACGACAUCGACGAGGCCGGCGUCCGCACGCUGUGCCAGGGCCUGAAGGACUCCCCCUGCCAGCUGGAGACGCUCAAGCUGGAGAAAUGCGGUGCCACCUCGGACAACUGCAGGGACUUGUGCAGCAUCUUGGCUUCCAAGGCCUCCCUGCGGGAGCUGGCCCUGGGCAACAACAAGCUGGGCGAUGUGGGCAUCGCGGAACUAUGCCCAGGGCUGCUGCACCCCAGCUCCAGGCUCAGGACCCUGUGGAUCUGGGAGUGUGGUCUCACCGCCAAGAGCUGCGUGGAUCUGUGCCGUGUCCUGAGGGCCAAGGACAGCCUGAAGGAGCUCAGCCUGGCUGGCAACAACCUUGGGGACGAGGGUGCCCGGCUGCUGUGUGAGAGCCUGCUGGAGUCUGGCUGCCAGCUGGAGUCUCUGUGGGUGAAGUCCUGCAGCCUCACAGCUGCCUGCUGCUCCCACUUCAGCUCAGUGCUGGCCCAGAAUAAGUUUCUCCUGGAGCUGCAGAUAAGCGAGAACAGGCUGGGGGACGCAGGCGUGCAGGAGCUCUGCCAGGGCCUGGGCCAGCCCGGCUCUGUGCUGCGGUCACUCUGGCUGGGGGACUGUGACGUGAGUGACAGCAGCUGCAGCAGCCUGGCCGCAACCCUGUUGGCCAACCACAGCCUGCGGGAGCUGGACCUCAGCAACAACUGCUUGGGGGACGAGGGCAUCCUGGCGUUGAUGGGGAGCGUGCGGCAGCCGGCCUGCCUCCUGGAGCAGCUGGUCCUGUACGACAUCUACUGGUCUUUGGAGAUGGACAACCAGCUGCAGGCCCUGGAGAAGGAGAAGCCGUCCCUGAGGAUCAUCUCCUAAGACGCUUCCUCCCCGCCGGGCUCCUGAGACCCGCUCUCCCUGGACAACCGGCCUCAAGGCACCCCUGGGCUCUCACCCUGCGUAUCUUAGAUCUGAAGAGAAACGCUUAGAUCAGCUUAUUUCUCCUAGUAUAUUUUGGACACUUCAUAUUCAUUAAAACACUUUCUUGGCA